UAUUCGCUGAGGUCCAUCAGUUUCAGCAGUUUAGUUUUUUUUUAUAUAUAUAUAUAUCAAUUGUCUUAGAGCAGGCAUUAGCAAAACUAAGGCUCGGGGGCCGCAUGUGGCCCGUUCGGCUUUUUAAUCUGACCCGCCAAACUUUCCCAAAUGAUAUCAUUUCAUUCAUAUUAUCAUUACACUUCUGCCUUUUCCCUGCAAUACCCACGUUUCCCCAAUAGAUGGCGCAGAAAAAUGAUAAAAGCAUUAUAGCAUUUUAGCCUCUAUGCGUGACUUUCAAAUUCAAAUUUUAGCACAGUUGUGGCCCACGAGUCAAAAAGUUUGCGCCUGCGCCUGAAGUGAGUCACUUCAAACAAAUUUGAAAUACCAGAGGUCGGGUAAUUCUUUGUUGUGGUUUUCACAGUUUACAUUCAUCACAUAUACCCCUUGACUGGAAUGAAAACCAAAUUCAUGAGCGUGAUGCCAUCAGAGAAAGGACUACCAGAUGGCAAACAGCAGUCGAAUAAAAAAAAAAUGAUUGAAAUCAUUACUGGAACAUCCUUCAAAAUACAAAUGUUGUUGACCUCCUGCGUGGGCUGAUGUGUGAGACAGUAGUGAGAGUUUCCAUCCUGACUAAUGUGGUUUCUGUUUGCUUUUUGUUUCCAGCAAAUUUCGUGCCAGCGUUGUGUCUGAGUGGUUUAUGGCUUUUUAACGUACUUUUCCAAGAUAUGUGGAUGUAAACGGUCACAAGAUGAUGACUACAAGUUAUUCAGACAGCCUGGUCCUGGAGGACUCAGAAAAAGGAGUGGUUGUCAGAGGAAUCAAAGAUGCAUCGGUGGCAUCAAAGAGCGGCCUGCAAGCAGGAGACGAACUCGUCGCCGCCACGAUCAACCUCGACCAGCUGAAAAAGGAGGAAGUGAUGAAAAUUCUCAAGGUCUUGGAGCCAUACAACUCUAACAUGAAGGUUCUGACCAAGAAGGAGCUGAGCGCCAGUACCGGCCUUGGCUCGUUGGGAUUGGGUCUCAACGAUUCUUCAGAGCUUCUGAAUAUGGGUAAGGACCUGUCACUUGACGCAUCGACAGGGACACCAGGUUUUUCUCUCGGUGACCUGAACGGAAAGCUAAACGCUGGGCAAGGGUUGAAUGGGGGUAUAAGUGGCCCCACUCUCAAUGGAGACCUUCCUGGUCUUAGUCUGAAUACCCCCUCGAGUGAUGCCGAUUUCCAAAUGCCCUCGCUGUCCGCAUCGGAUAUCAAAGGAGAUCUAGACGGUGCAUUCCGAGCGGGCGAUGUCAGCGUCUCGGCUCCACAAAUCAACUCCCCCACUGCAUCAGUUAGUGUCAACAAACCAGAAAUCAAGAGUGGCAAUUACAGCACACCAAAAUUUACCAUGCCAAACUUUAAUUUACCUCAACUCAGUACCCCAAAGGCAAAUGUGGAUGUUUCUGGAGAUACAGAUCUUUCUCUCAAGGGAAAUGUGGACACACCAGACCUGAACUUGUCAGGCCCAAAGCUAGAUGCUAACAGCCCAGAUUGGGAUCUGAACGGCCCAAAAUUCAAUUUAAACGGUCCUGAUGUAAAUGUGGGAGUCCCAAACGCAGACGCAAACAUCGAGCCUCCCUCCGCCAAAUUCAAAUGGCCCCAUCAAAAAUGGAAAGCUCCCAAAGUCAAAGGACCAGAUGCUGACUUGAAUGCGGAGAUACCCACGGCCGAUGUCAAACUGUCCACGCCGAAGCUCGAUGGAAAAAUCAACACACCAGGUGUCGAUAUGAAUCUGCCUCGUGCUGACAUUCAAGCCCCGGACUUUAACGCCCAAACCCCGAAUCUCGAUGUCGAUCCCCCCUCUGGUAAAUUCAAUUUCUCGAAGCUUAAGAACCUUCACUUCCGUAAACCUAAUGCCGACCUCGAUGCAAAUCUCAACACACCAGACGUAGGGCUCUCGGUCCCAACAUUAGACGGUGAGAUAAACACCCCUGACGUCGACCUGAGUUUACCAAAAGCAGACCUUGAAGGACCUGAUUUGAGUCUGAACGCACCAGGUAUCGAUGCCGAGGCACCUUCUGGGAAAAUACACUGGCCUCAUCUGAAAUGGAAGAAGCCAAAAGCAAAAGCAGACCUAGACAUCGAUGCUGAUCUCAACACACCCGACUUGAACCUCAAAAGCCCAAAGAUAGGGGGCGACGUUAACUUUCCAAAAGCUGAGCUGAAUCUUCCGAAAGCUGACCUCGAUGUCCCUGAUGCAAAGGUUGACAUGGACGCACCAUCAGGGGGAAUCAACUGGCCUCACUUAAAGUGGAAAAAACCCAAGGCCAAAGCCGACAUGGACCUCAACGCAGGUUUGGGCGCACCAAAAUUUGAGGGCGAUAUAGGUACACCGGAUUUGAGUUUACCCAAAGGUAAUGUUGAUUUGAAAAUCCCUGAUGCAGACCUGGAAGCCCCCUCUGGAAAAAUCAAGUUCCCCACAUGGAAAAAGCCCAAGAUCCAAUAUUCUGGACCAAAAUUAAACGCCCCAGACGUUAACCUCAAUGCCGAUGCAGAUUUAAAAGCACCUGACCUCAAUCUCAGUCCUGAACUGAACGGACCUGAUGUUGACCUCGAUCUACCCAAGGCUAAUCUUGAUGUUAAGGCACCGAACGCAGACUUCGAGGCUCCAUCUGGGAAGCUCAAAUGGCCAACCUUUAAAAAGAAAAAGUUCACACUCCCCGAUCCUAACAUUGAAGGUCCGGAUUGUAAUCUGGAAGCUCCCAAUUUAGAUCUGUCAGCUCCUAAAGCUGACAUAAAUGGUCCAGAUAUAAACCUUAACGCACCGAAAGCUGACUUGGACGUCAAACUGCCAGAUGUUGAAAGUCCCUCUGGUAAACUGAAAUGGUUCACGUGGAAGAAAGGUAAAUCUGGCACGCUGAAAGUUCCAAAGCUGGAUCUUGAUGCUGACAUGAAGGGGCCUGACGUGGAUGUGAACGCCCCAGAUGUUAACCUUCCUACACCCAAACUUGAUGGGAACAUUGAUUUGCCAGAAGUUGGUGAUGUCGACCUUCAAGCUCCAGAUAUGCGGCUCAAUAUGCCUAAAGCGGAUCUGAAAGGUCCAGGUCUAGGUCUUUUUGCUCCCAAAUCUAACUUGAGCCUCCCAGAUGCUAACAUCAAGACGCCAAAUCUGGAUCCACCCGACUUCAAGGUACCCGAUCUCAGCCUUUCUUCGUCUGAAAUUGAUGGACAUUUUUCAGCACCAAGCGUAGAUGCCAGAUUGCCAAAGGUUGAUAUGGAAGCACCCGAUGCCAAGCUAAAAACUCCCAAUUUGGACCUUAACCUGCCAAAAAUGGACCACAAGCAAAAUUUCCCUCAUUUCAACCUUCCAAAUCUUUCAGGGCCCGAAAUAGAUGUUCCAUCUGUUCAGACUUCAGCUGAUGCAGGCCUAAAAGCACCAAACCUGGAUCUAGGCACAGCAGACGCCAACGUUUCCGUUCCCGGAAUAGACAUGAGUGCUCCGAAAGUCAAGGGAGGUAUCAAAGGUCCUGAAUUAGACGUAAACGCUCCCAGUUUAGAUGCUAAUGUUGAAAAGUCCAAAUGGCCACAUAUCAAGAUGCCAGACUUUGGGUUUUUAAGAUCCAAAAGCGAAACUCCUGAGAUUGAUGCCAGUGCAGAUGUGAGUGUUAACAGUCCUGACGUCGAAGGAAAGAUCGCGUUGCCCGACUUCAGUGCCUCUGCUUCUGAUGGAGGGGUGAAUCUGAACACCGUCACAGAUAUGUUAAGUGACGACUCGUCGGUCCCUGUGUUCAGGUUCCACAGGCUACCCAGACACAGCAUGGAUGACAGCGAGGAUUUUGAUCUAUACAAAUUUGCAAAACUUGACUCCGAGGAAAAGGAAUACGUCUUCAGCAAAGGCAUCCGCCUGCCGAAGGUCAACGGCAAAUCAACGGCAACAGAAAAGGUCGACGUUAUGGAGAGACUGAAAAAGGCAAUGGAAAAAUCGCCCUCAACCAACGCAUCACCAACCGAUGCAAGAAGUGGUAUCGAUCUGCAGGUUCCUUCCGCAUACUUGGACGGCAGCGCCUCCGCGGGCGAUUCGUCGCUGGCGAGAGGAGGAACCUUUAAGGUGGAGAAACCAGAGUCGAGCCUGAGCCUCAUCGCGCCGCAAAUUUCCACUACAGACGAAAAUGACAAACUGUCAUUAGGCCUUUCCAAUAUGCUCGGCCUAAAUAUCAAGGAUCCCGAUGCCGUCUGAUUCCUUCAGGUUUACCCGUUAGAUUAAGCUCCAGUUUGGUAGCUAUGUAAAAAACAUCAAACAAACAAACAAACAAACAAAAAAAAAAAACAUGUAAGUGUUCUGUAUACUUUUUCUCCAGCUAACGCCAGCUUCAGUAUCCAUCAUCUGUGUAAAAAAAAAAACAAAAAAAAAAAAAAAAACAAAGCAAGGUUUUAUCAAAAGAAAGAACACAAUUUGAUACUCAUGUAUAUUCCCAUUAUUUAUAUGAGCUUUUUUUUUUCUGAACGUUGUUGAUUUAGACGUGCGUUACUUUAUGUUUAAUUAUAACUUCUCUCACAGUGUUUUCAUCCUGUUUCUGAGAAUUACUGUCACUAUCAGUGUUUGAACAAAAUAAAUAUCUCGUCACCUUCAGCAUUCUUGUAGCUCUUCUUCCCAUAAAAGACAAAAAUAAAGUUAUAUUUUUUUUCCCCAUUAGUGAAAUUAUUCAAGGAUAGAUUUUUACAUACGAAUUCAAUACUUGAAGCAUAAAACUCCAACCUGAGCCCUGUUGAAUAUUCCUAAUUGUAAUCCUUUUACUGCAGUACAAUUACAAUGCGCAUUUACUGCGACAAGUCUUUGUACGUUCAGUGGAAUUUAGAUAAACUUUACUUUUUAACUUCUUAAACCUCAUUUGAAACCAGUGAAUUAACAAAACCCGACAGAUUGUUUUUGGGAAAAAAAAAAAAAAAAAAAAAAAAAUCGCAACUUAAUGAUCAUUCUCCAGUAAGUUAAGAAGUUGAAAAUAAAAUAUGAACAUGAAAAAUUGAGAAACACAGAGACUGUAAAAAAAAACCAAAAAACAUUUAUGGUUCAUAUAUGAAUACAUUAAAUCAACAAAUCUGU